AUGUUUGUCAAUGAUUAUGCACCAAAGGUACAUCAGCUAAGAAGCAGGUUCGUAGCUGAGAAGGGUGUGGGGGCGGUGGAUUUGCUUAGUAGGUUUGAUGUUCGUGGAUUAGCUCCAGGACGUACACAGUGGCUACGUUUAUACGCUUUAUUAUUUGAUGGUGAUUACGAGGGUAUGCUAGAAUUGGUUAAGAAGAGUGAAUAUGAAUAUGUUAGAGACCAAGGCUUGAAGAUAAUCGCCAGGGUGUGUCAGAAGAGGUUGGCUAGAAUUACUGGUUCUAAUAAUACUAAUCAUUUACUGAGUAUUGAACAGAUAUGGGAGUUGGUUACGAGAUUAUUGGAACUGUGUACCUAUCAGGAGUGUCUGUCAGUUGCUCGGAUUCUCCGUUCUCAAAAGGUGAUAGCCUUUAUUGAAAGUCGCUAUGCUGAUACCGUCGUGCAUGAUUUAUGGAUGUACGGUACCCCGGAAGACAUGCCUCGAGACGUCGAAUCAUUCACGAGAGCUUCUCUGGAAGGGAAACUGCGGUUGCUCCGUCAUCAUCCAGACGACGCUGUCCGGCUUUGCUUGGAAAUGGCUAGAUCUUGCCCGAUUACGUCAACGUCGUGGUUCCAUAACUUCUACCCAUUCACAAUCAACUUGUACCGUUGCGGGAGAAUCACAAAUCAUGAGUCAUUAUACGAUCUUUCGUGCAUGUGUAUAAACCGCCACAACAAACUUUUCAAAUUCCGGAAUCGGGUUGCCCGUAAACUCAUGGACAACAACAAGUGUCGAUGUGACUAUCAAUAUCCUGAGUCAGCCGAGCAAUUCCUUCACUGGGUUAACAUUGAAAGCUAUGUUCAACUCGAACGGAUGGAUAAGAUUCGACCCAAGAAGCUGAUGGCAGAAAUCUCAAUGACGUUAUACAACAAGUAUGCAGAUGUUGGGAGCGCAUCGUUUGGGGAUGUGCGGGGGACUGAGUUGCCGCUGACAUUUACAAAUGAGUUCCACUACGAAUUGUACAAAUAUUUGCCAAAAAAUGUUCGAUCUGAAAUUUGCACACGCGUGUUUCGUCAUUUAUGCAAACUCGGAACCGAUCUGAAUGACACAGAUGACGUUCGAGAAUGCGUGCCCUUUAUUGAUUGGUCUGAAUUUUAUCCGUAUGUUCGCAAGUUACUUAGCAGAUCCGCUGAAUUCGAAAGAGGUAUCGGUUAUCAUUGUUUCUUCAAAUACCUCGUCGGUAAUCCAGAUGUGUUCAAUCAGUGUGAAAUAAUGACGGAUAAAGCUUAUGAGGACUUCUGUGAAUCGCAUAAAGGGGAAACGGAAAGGUUCAAGGUUGAGCAGGCUGGGGGGGAAGAGGCUCAGGCAUUAUUACUGACUCCAACCGAGGGCAUACCGCUUUUCAUGAGGCGGAUUCUAAGAGGUGCUAAGAAGGAAAAGCUACGUAGUCCAGUUUUAACCCAUUUGAUUGGGCUGAUGGAUGUUGUGAGACGCGGUAGUUCAUUUGAAUUUCCGAUAUAUAAUUGUUUCCUUGAGUGCUUGCAAGCGGCAAAAAAUGAAAGCUGGAUAAGGGAAUUAUCGCCGGUUUUGGAAGCGUUACUUGUAACGAAUUACCGCUUGGACGAUGCCGACGACGCAGCCAAUAGACGGGAGAUGGGUGAGCGAUUCCUUGACUGUUUAAUAUUGAGGCACAACCAAAUGGGAGCUAAGAUUUUUACGACAUACCUGAACAUGGAGCCAUUGAGAGAAUAUUUGUUGUGCACCGUGAUACCCAAAGCAAUGAAGGGAAGAGCCAGAAUUUGCCUCGACUUACCACGUAAAUACGGCGAUCCUCUAAUGCCGUAUUUUAAAGAGGCACUCGAUAGUUCUGAUGACCCUUUAUUUCGAAUUGCGCAUAAGCAACACUGGCGACGAAUCUUACUCUGGCACAGGGCGCAGAUUGGUAAUAUUAUACGGAGACAAGACACAACGGAGAUAACAGACAACGGAGACGACCAGCUUUGUCCACGACCGCAGGAUGCAAAGCGGUACACUGACGAUGAUUACUUAAAUUUGCUGAAGCGAGUGUUUCGAGGGGGGUUGCUGCGUUUUAGAUCUGAGCGUGCACCUUUAUCGUUUACAGAAUGGGUGAAGGAUGAGAUUAGAAAGAAUGCUGCCAAGGUUGAGUUUGAGCAAAGGAGGUACAUAAAAUGGCUGCGCGGCGCAUUGAGAAAUGAUGAAAUCAGCGAUCUGGGGGAGGAUCUGAAGGAGGGUGGUAGCAUCUAUUGUCCAUAUGAAAUAUCUGCAGGAAUGUCUGCCGAAGACUACGAGGGUGAUUGCUACUUGUACUGGAGACAUAACUCCGACUUGCGAUUUGUUCGACACUUGAGAAAAGUCAAUGAUGAUUUGAUUCAAAACAAUCGUGUCUAUCAACCUGCAAUCAUCAACUUGUCCUAUCUGAUCACUUCCUGCUCACUCUGCGAUGUAAGGGAUGUGUUCCAGUGCCUGCUCCACUCAAACGAUAAGCCAAGUUCUGGCAAACACGUCGUACUCCUGGUAACAAGAGUUCUUGCAAAUCCGGUUUAUUAUCUCCUCGCAAUUGUCAACAUGACCAUGGCCCAUCCCCAUACCAGGGCCGCAGCAAUGAAGUAUCUCAAACCGUACAUGUUUGGCGCCGCAUACAUCAAGCCUUUACCCAAUCGCUUAACACAUGGAAGUAUCAUUGCUGCGCUAACGGAUAAUCCUGACACCUGCACCAAGACUCUUAACGAGUUUGACAAGUUGCCAAGCCGACCAGGCAGCCGGUCUUUAGACACCCAAGUGUCUGAAAUGAAAAUGCCGGAGAUUCCGGAGAUGAAUGUUGAUAAAAUCUGGGAUAGUAUCAAGACAGAUAACCUUACGGAUAAUGACAUCUUGUUGGGGUUCUUAGGUUCUACAUUGGAAUGUCCCAACGAAUAUAGCGACCGGUACUAUCAUUUGAUCUUUCAAAUGCUAGAUCCCAGCCCUAUGUCGUUCCAAAGUCUACUAAUUAAUUUGAGGUAUGGGAAUCAUCCCAAAAACGACAGGACUCUGGUCGAAGGACUCCUUGCACGAAUUGACUUGACCUCCGGGUAUGAAGAAGAACUUGUUGCAGUAUUUGUAAUAUACGCGCCAACUAGAUUCAAGUUUAUGUCUGGCAAAAGCCCUAAUCCUAACCGUUCGGUACCGUUUGAUAUCCAUAGAUCAGCAUCAGACGAAGGUACCCUGAUGGUGUACUUAGAUUCCAUAAGCGCUUCAGUUUUAGACGCGGUGGUAAAAUUAACGCAAUUCAAUGAUUUGAAGAACGAAAAUGCUUUGACGCUGAUUGGAUACAUAUCGCAACACGAAUACUCGCUUCGCCUACUGUACGACUUGUUUGAGGCAUUCGCUUGUCGAUCAGGUAAGGAAGAGCUGCUGCUUGAACUAAUUGAAGUCUACUUCACACAGCUGAACGAUCAUGACAUGGUUGCUAUUGUGCUCAUGGCUGCGAACAAUAAAAGCAGCAGGUUUGAUAACCCUCAACACGUAUUUGAUCUGGCCACUAAGUUGUCAAAGUCCAUCGGGCCGCUAAAAACGACCCUGCUCUACGGGCUUGCGCACUCCUUAGCCACUCACGAUGCCAUCGACAAAAUCAAUGCGGGUAGCGCUGAAAGUCCGAGCGUGUAUAUUCGGAAUGUGGGGGCGUUCGAGUGUUCGUGA